AACUUCAAAGCAAGUUCCAUGCAAAGGUCCCUCCUCUGACGCUUAAUUGUUCAGGUGUUACCUUCUAUUGCUUUGUAUUUUUUGAAGUGGACUAGACGAGACACGUCAGCGUCGAUGGCCAUCUUAUGGCUUGAGAUGAAUCGUGAGUCAUCCAUCACCCAUCACCUCCAAAACAAAACACUGCGCACAGUCUGCAAAGUUUGAAAAGAACAUUUUCUAUAAUGUUUCAUAGAUUAUUUUGAUUGAGAGCCUCAUAAUAUUUUUCAUACAAUAAUUUAAUCGGACUUAUUGUCAAUCACAGUACAGAUAUUAAAAUUCAUACAUCUUAUUCACGAUAGAGUUUAAUUAGAUAGGUUGACUUAUUGGACAAAGUCUGUUACAUCUUCCAUAGUGAUAAGUGAAAACAAUAAAAAAUAUCGCUUCUCUUCAAAAGAUGAGUUUAAGAUAAAAGGUGACUCCGUCAAACUGAGUAGUUAAGCACCUGCCGCACAUCACAGGACCCAAACAUUGUUGCAGUCUGAAGCUAUGGCAACGCGUCUAUAAGUAUGCCAUAAGUGUGCCAAAGUCAAACUCCGACAAUCCUUGUUUUUCAAAAAUGACCACAAAGCAAACAAGAGUGGAUUUCCAGAGCUUCGAUAUGUGGCACGACUACAUGAACCUGAACACGCUCCUGGUGCGCAACCGGCAGCCGAUGGAGCUUGGAGACACACAUGAGCCCAGGAAGGAGCCCGUCCAGCAGACGCGCAACAUCCAGGCUUCACUCGAUGGAAAGAAAUGGAAAACGUCCUCAGAGACUAGGUCAGUCAGCAGCAGCAGUCUGUCGGACACGAGCAGCUGCAGCAGGACCUCGGAGGACCUUUGCCGCUUCUGCAGGCAGAACGGGGAGUCUCCUCGCGUGUAUCGGUCCCACGCACUUAGAUCAGACGACGGGAAGGUGACCUGCCCCAUCCUGUGGAGUUACACCUGCCCCAUCUGCGGGGCCAGCGGGGACCACGCUCACACACGCAGGUACUGUCCGCAGAGGGAAAAGAGGAUGGAGGCGGAGGCGGAGACGGAGCUACAGGUUUUCAAGUUCUGGUAACUUGAGAGACUCGGGUGACAAUAACAAAAACUGUACAUAAUUACAAAAAAAAUAAGAAAGUUCUGGACAUGUGUUCAGUUUUACCCCCAAAGCUGUGACUAAGUUACUUAGACUAAGUUACUUUGUUGUAACGAUCAAAAAUGAUUUUCUUGAAGCUUGUUUAUGAUUUUUUGUCAAAAUAUGUUUGAGUCCAAGUCUGAUGCAG